AUUAUUAUUAGUCAGCAUCUCAAUUCUUCUGAAUACAUAAAAGCAGAAAGGAAUGGCCCAGCCUGAUGCCAGGCAGAGACCACUUAUCCUACAUAUUGAACGUUGUGGUGUUUUUGGGACACAUUGGGGUUGAACAGUUUAAAAUCAGUACUGCGCAGCCAUUAGUGUCCAAGCCAUUUGUGUCCCAGCCUUCGAUGCAUCCACUCCAGUUGUGCAGGACAGCAGCAUGCUGACCAGCAGCUUCUACACCGAGAUUCGGAGAACAUCAUGGAGCUCCACCACCACCUCCUCUACUUCCUCCUCCUCUGUUCAUCCUCAGCCUCUCCACAAAGGUCCAGCAUGGCCUCCAGUGUCCUUCAGCAGCUCCUCCAGCGCCUCCUCCAGCAGUGUGGGCUCCAGCAGCAGCUGGGACACCGUGGGUUCAGACGCUUCCAGCGUCCAGCAGCUUCUGCCCAGAGACAGAAAAGUGGAGCACAGCGAGGAUGUCCAGCAGCACUGGCCGAGCUACAGAACAGCUUCAUGUGGGUCUGAGGGAAGCAGCGACCAGCAGGGGGCUGCACUGAGCUGGAAGCAGGGCCAGAGGGGCUCUGUCCUAGGACUGACCACUGGACAGGAAUUGGCUCUAAUGGGCGGGUCGCUGCAGCGGCUAGAGCUAAAAAUCGAAGCCAAAUUGAAGUUCUCCCAGUUCCUGGACGAGGUGAGCCACCAAGUGCUAAAGCCCACCAGCUUAACGGCCUUUAACUGCCGCAGAAGGUCCAGCUCAACAGACUCCACCUACGUCCGACUGCAGGCCCCACGGGACCAGCCAGAGAACAGGUCUCAGCAGGUCAGCAUGCAGGAGACAGUGGGCAAAACAUACCUGGAGACAGACAUUGACAGUGUGUUUAAGGGCGAAGAGCUGAAGGAGGUGAAGGUCAAAAAGGAGACGGCCAUAACGUUUGAAAGUAAAGAUGCGAAAGAUGGUCCAGCCUCUCCAGAGUCCAGUUCUGGAUCCUACCAGAGUUUACGGAGCUUCACCAAGAGCACGCCCAGAGCUGUUGCCUCACCCAGAAGCAUCCACAAGCCUUCUGAUGAGGAGAUGAAGACUAUAAGCUCUCUGCAGGAGCAGAAGGAGGAUCUGCGGAAGCGACUAUCCUACACCACCCAUAAGCUGGAGCUGCUGGAGAGCGAGUUUGACUCCACUCGGCAGUACCUGGAGACCGAGCUUCGCCGUGCUCAGGAGGAGCUUGACAAAUUCACUGAUAAGCUAAGAAGAAUACAGAGCAGUUACUCAGCACUGCAAAGAAUCAAUCAGGACCUGGAGGACAAAAUCCACAGAACUUCGCAGCACCACGAUGAUGAGAAACGAGCACUGAGUCGAGAAAUCAUCGUCCUCAACAACCAUCUCAUGGAGGCCAAGAUGACCAUCGAGAAGCUGAGGGAGGAUAAUGACCUGUACAGGAAGGACUGUAACCUGGCUGCUCAGCUCCUGCAGUGCAACAAAACACACUACAGAGCCCAGCUGUCUGAGCUGCCUGCAGAAUUCCAGGAGCGUCUAAGCCUGCACAUGGAGAGUUCAUCUCUGUGCCACUCACCAUACUCUGACACUGUCUCCACCUCCAUGAUUGCCCAGGCCUUGGAGAAGCCAGAGGAGGCUGAGGCAGGCAGUAUCCAGGCCUCGCGUUCUCCCAGCCCACAGCGCCACCAGCCCCAGGGCUUCCUGGUGGGAACAGGUCUGGGAAGCUCUGAGCGUCUAGGUCUCCGUGCUAUUUACAAAUCUGACCUGUACAGCAGCGACACAGCUCUGUACUGCCCAGACGAGCGGCGGCGGGAGCGUAGGCCUAGCAUGGACCUCCAUGGCCAGCAGAAGCUUUACGGUCCCCAGAACUCCACCGACAGCACCCCAGAGGAAGGUGAAGGGUCGCUUUCCCUGCAGCAGGGCUUCACUCAAGAGCGCUUCAGCAAGUUUGCUACAUCUCUUGGCGGAGCAUCCAGCUCCUACUCCAGCUUCAGCGGCGGUGGGUCAGAGGAUAAAGGACCAGAUCCUCCCAGUAGUGCUGGCUCCUCCCCCAGACACCAUGCCCAUGUUUACAUGGACUGGAGAGAUGGUGCUACCGAAUAUGAGCACAAAAGUGACUCUUCUUGGGAAAGAGACAGUCCAAGCGCCUUCAGCAGCAAAGCCCAUGGCUUCCAGGCAGCCGAACCCAGCCACCACCAGAAUGGCAGCUCUCCCAUCUACAGCAGGACCAUGUCCUCCUGCUACAGCGAGCCUUACGAACCACUCCCUCCGUCCACCUCUCCCAGCGUCACCUAUGGUGACAGUCGACGUGGUAGCGCUCUUUUAGCCCCAGAGGAAGAGAUGGAGGAAGAAGAGCUAAUCGUAGGCCGCUGGAGGCAGCUCAGCGUUGAGGACGUAAGUGCCCACUCGUACCGCAGUCCCGGACGAGCCUCCCCUUACAGCUUCUCUGAGCAGCAUUUCUCCGUGCGGCCUGCAAAGAUCCGCCUCGGGCCGCUUUAUAGCAGCUUUCAGGAGGGUACUGAUGUGUAUCACCACCACAGUGGGGUUUUAGAUCCCUUCUCCAGCCCAAGCCCGGAGUGCAGCCCUGGGAUCCACCAGACCCACCUGUACCGGGCCAAGGAAGACAGCCAAGAAUCCGAGCACAGCCUCUACAGCCCCAAGGAGCAGAAGAGUGAGUACGUGGAAGUCAGUCCGAACAGCUCAAACGAAUCUCUCCAACACGCAUCCCUGGAGAUGCCUGCAGAUCUGCAGCACUACCAGCCCGAUCGGCACAGUGCCUCCCCUCAGGGAACCAGCCCUCCCCCACCCCAGCCACCGCCGCAAUACCAAAAAUUUGGCACCCUGGGUCUGUCACGGAAGGACAGUCUCACCAAGGCUCAGCUCUACGGUACCCUGCUAAAUUGAAGUUACAUGGGCUUCUCCGAGUAGUCCCGUUCUCCUUCCAGCAGGACCUGAAUGUGAUAACCACAAAAAUCAAGCCAAACAUAAGGAGCUCUUUGUUUAAAUAGUUUGUAAGCUCUCUCUCUUUUCUCUACUUCGGUAUCGGUCCAUGUUGUUUUCUACGCAGUGGACAUGAAGUGUGCUCAUGGAUUCUGUGAUUGAUAUGAAGCUCUGAUCUUCCACGGCAUUUGUACAGCUCUUCUGAAAGACCGUAUUACUGGUCCGUGUGGUUGGUGCAAGCUGCAGGCUUUGUUUUCUGUAAGGAUUUUUGAGAAAAAUUUGAUACGGAGUGUGUGUGAAGUGAGGUAAUGUUACGCCAAAUCUUGGCCAAUCUGAGAUUACCUACAGUUUAACAAGAUGCAGGAGAUUGGAUAGUGCUACGCUAGUUGUAUAAAGAGAAACUAAUUUUGACAGUGAAAUCGAACUUCUAUUUUAUGCAUAGCUGUAUUUAAUGUUAAGUAUGAUAUAUCAGUAAAUGUAUCACAGAAUUAAGUGGUAUACACUGAUCUGACCUGGUAACUUAGUUGGCUGGGUCUUGGCAAAAGUACUGACCACUUUGUGAAGUCUAAAUAUAAUGACUGACGUGAUUUACCAGAUAUUUUUUUUCAUGAAAGCUUUGAAAUGAAAAUGAGUGGAAUGAGUGAGUCAGACUUGCAGACGCUAGUCGCUGGUCUAAAUAAAGUAAUGACCAUUGUGAACAGAACAGGAUGGUAACGUUAAUAUUCUAUUAAGGUGUAUUUCCCUGGGAUUUUCUUUCAAGGCCAGUUUGCAACCAAAGUUCCACUUAAGUUCAGCUCUACUUCAACACAAAUGGAGUCUUGAAAGCGCUUGGAAACAAUUGUUUAUUUAUUUAUUUAUUUCCUUUUUUGGUGUGCUUUGUUACUGAUUGGAUUUUCUGAGGUUGCUGUUCUUUUCGGUGUUCUCCCUCUUGUGUUUCUGCAGUGCUCGGAGUCUCCCCCAGGCCCUCUCUACCUCAUGCUUUCUGAUCCUCCUUUCCUCUCCUAAUCAACUGCCACCCUGUGUAGGCUGACACCAUGAUGCAUGACUCUAUUUCUUCUGUUUGGUUUUCUCUAUCUAAUAAAGCACAAGUGCUGCGCUGUG